CGUUGAUCUUCGUUUUCUUGCCCGAUCCAAGCAUUUCAACUGCACCGCGGGAAUCUCUGAACUCUGAUAGAUCACAGUCUCUCUCUCUCUCUACAAGACAUAGCCACCGGAAUCAAUGGCGUCGUCGACUGGUAGGAUUACGUUUCGCGUUCUCAUGGUGGUGCUCCUCCUCCUUGUCAUUUUCUAUGUCGGUCGUCCUCUGUACUGGAAAAUUUCCGCAACUGUCCAUGAUAUUCGCCAGAACAAACAGACCGUCAAAGAAGGUCUCUCUCAGAUCGUUCUGGAAGCUCAGAAAUCGGUGGGAUGGUACCACGACGAGUCGGACUCGGGCGUCCAUGAUGAAAAGAAGGUCGGAUCGGUUGCUACUCGGAGGCUGCUUCAUCAGGUUUUGUGAAAAAUCUCAGUUAUUUGAAUUGUGAUUAGUCCGGGGGAAUUGAAUGGUUUCACAUUUGUUAGUAAAGUUUGAUCAGCGGAUCUGGAUUUUUGCCCGUAAUAACGUGUUAUGAUGUCUGAAUUAGCACCUAUUGAAUCAAUUUAGUUAAAAGAAGGUAAAGAAAUCGUAAUGGAUCAUCGUUCGGCCUUCGGUGUUUGCCAUUAUGCAUCGUCAGUCACUCGGAUAUUGUGGAUAGUGAUAUUUGUACAUGAGACGCGGUAAACUACUUCUUCCGUCUGACAUAAAAUUAGAUAUUGCUAGUUUUUAAUCUUUGCCUUCCCUCUGGAAAAAAAAAAAUCCAAAUAUGUAUCUUAAAUGAACGAAACUGGCUGAUAUCGUGGACGAGAAUUUAUAGUUGACUGAAUAUUUGGUAAUGGUGGAAAUAUAUCCAUAAGAACUAAACA